GCAACCAAAAAUACAUAAAAAUUACAAUAAGAAUAAUCUGACAGCAAAGUGACACUUUAUUCACUUGCGAAAUAAAUUUGAAAGCAGUCGCACGAUACUCAUCCACUUCCAGCAGUAAUUUCCAGAACAGCGUUAUCGCGACAACAAAAUCAUUAGUAUUCAAUAACAUGGCCUCUCUACUUGUCACGCGGCUCUGCUGCGCGCCAAGUCUUCGUGUAUCUGUAUCACGAUUUGUUCCCAAGAGAACAAUCAUCCGUAACUUUGGCAAAGAUGCCGACAGAGAAUUUGUUGAAAGAAGCGCACGGCGAAGGACCAUUCGCGAACGCGCAAUGGCUCCCACUGAAGGCACACCGUUUAAAAUUGGUGCGGGCGCUGUGGCCGGUGGUGCCGCUGUUGGUUUAGGCGCAUUGUGCUUCUAUGGUCUGGGAUUAUCAAAUGAAGCAGGCGCGUUGGAAAAAUCAGCUAUCUGGCCGCAAUACGUAAAAGACCGCAUAAAAACAACUUACAUGUACUUUGGUGGUGCUCUUGCAAUCACCACAGGCGCAGCAUUCGCCGCGUUUCAAUCACCGGCAUUAAUGCGAGCUGUAACAGCCGGUGGUCCAAUGGGAAUAUUUUUGAGCAUCGCUGCGAUUAUGGGCACUGGAAUACUCGCGCAAAGCAUUGAAUAUCGCCCUGGGUUUGGCGCAAAACAAAUGGCAUGGGCAUUACACGCUGGUACAAUGGGCGCCAUGUUGGCACCGCUGUGUUUCCUCGGCGGCCCGAUUCUAAUCCGUGCCGCAUGGUACACAGCCGGAAUCGUUGGCGGUUUGAGCACGAUUGCUGUAUGUGCACCAAGUGAGAAAUUCCUCAUGAUGGGAGGACCUUUGGCGAUGGGUCUGGGCGUUGUCUUUGCUUCCUCGAUUGGUAGUGCGUUCCUACCACCGACUACAGCAUUAGGUGCUGGGUUAUACUCGAUUGCGUUGUACGGCGGACUUUUGUUGUUCUCUGGAUUUUUACUGUACGAUACACAGAGGAUUGUCUAUCAAGCCGAACGACACCCGACAUCACCCACGAUGUAUGGUGUACGGCCUUUUGAUCCAGUCAACGCCGCUUUGUCUAUCUACAUGGACACGAUCAACAUCUUUAUCCGAGUGGUGACGAUCUUGGCCGGCGGUGGCGGCAACCGAAAACGAUAAAUAAUUCCCCUUUUAAAUCCACACCACUUACUUAAAUCUAUAUUUUUAUUAUUUCAGCAUUGAGCAGGAGGUUAAUAAAUAUUGAAAUAAAAUAAUUCUCAGCUGUAAA